AUGCUGGAAGCUACAUGGCUGGGGGCUAGAGGAGCCCUGGGACCAAGAGGUGGGCUAGUAGGAGGGGUCGGCAUGGGCGCAAGGGAAGGACUGGGCGCAAGUGGAGGUUUGGGCGCAUGGGGAGGAGGGGGCUCUGGAAUGGGAAUGGCUGUAGGGGGGGGAGUGGGCCAAGAGGACAGGCGGGGGGCAGAGGAAGUGCCGGAGGCAGAGGAAGUGCUGGGGGCAGAGGAAGGAGUGGGGGCAGACAUUGGAGUUGGGGCAGACGAAGGAGUGGGGGCAGAGGUUGAGCUAAGGAACAGAGUGGGAAGAGAGCGCAUACCGUCUGAUGUGGGCGGGAAGGAAGCAGAUGGAGCAUAUUGGGCAGAGAGCAUACCGUCUGGCGUGGGCGGGAAGGACACAGAUGGAGCAUAUUGGGCAGAGAGCAUACCGUCUGACGUGGGCGGGAAGGAAGUAGAUGGAGCAUAUUGGGCAGAGAGCAUACCGUCUGACGUGGGCGGGAAGGAAGUAGAUGGAGCAUAUUGGGCAGAGAGCAUACCGUCUGACUCAAUGUCUUCCGUCGAUGUUUGGGGAUAUGGGGUCAGCAUCACAGUGGUUGACAGGAAUUCGGUCACAGCCCCAUCACCAAAUCUCCCUCUCGCAGCAAUGGACGCGCCACCACCUCAUCUGUGUGCCAUUAACGACUCUCGCAACGGCACCCUCAACUCCCUUGCGCUCUGCACCUCCAGUGGGCGUGAUGCUGUUCCCUUGCCAGAGCAAGAGCUAGUGGAUCGGCUGGCACACGCGGAGAGCAGGGCAGCACAGCUGGCGGAGCAGGGCUAUGGGGAGAGGCACACAGCAUCUCUGCCGCACCUGCUCGCUUCCUUUUUCAUUCAGAUGGCAGCACAGGAGGACCUCUGGACGCACUCGCUAUGCGCCCGUGUGUACGAGGGCAAGUGGAUAACGCGGGACUUCCCUCAGGAGAAUCAUGUCACCGUCAUGGCUAUAGAGGAUUUCUACCACCGCGCGUCCAACUGUGCGCGCACCGUGCGCCCCAAGGAGUUCACCAUCUUCUCAGCAGCCUUCUCCCGCGCUGCUCAUGCGGUCAUGGACGCUCCAUGCCCCCCCUUCUCCCUCUCCUCCGCCUCCUCUCUCGCCGACCUCCUCUUCGGAUUCUCCCCGGUUAUCCAGAAGGAAUCGGAUUACCAUCGCUCGGCCAACAUGCACCGGAGCGACAACCGCCGCGUCCCUGCCGCUGCCACUGCUGCACCCCUACACGGCGCAUGGGCAGUGCGCCAUGCCCCAGUUCACGAUCAUCACACUCCUACUCUCGGGACGUCAAAUCUGUGGCCAACAACUCACGCUCCUCACGCAUCCCACAUUGCUGCGAGAUCUUAUGCGGUCCCUCACAACCUGCCAGCAGGUGCGGUGCUGCUGCAGCAACAUGGGCGCUGUGCGGCGUCAAUGAUCAAUCAUGAGCUACUCCCCCCGGGAGUCAAUCAAUCCCCCAUGUGGUGCGCCACGAGUUCAUGCAAGACUUCGGUGGGAUCCUCUCACGCAGCUGCGAACGGUGCAAUUUUGAACGAGGACCCCGGGGUAUCCCGCCACGGGACAGCAGAACCUUCGUACUCGACGAUGUGGGGUACCGCGUUUCCCGCUAUUCUUGGAGGAACCAUAUUUUACGUAGCUAAACGUCUCGCGUUUCCGAGAAAGGCGUCGAGCCUUGAAUGGGAGGGUGCUAGGAGGAAAGCACGACAGCCGCAUAAAAGGGCUCCCUCGUUCUACGCCUCACAUGGGGUGACCUCGGUUGAAGAGUACAUAAUCAACGCGCGGGGGGUGGUUCUCUUCACCAAGCAAUGGCUUCCCAGAGAUGGGCCGUUGAGGGGAGUGGUGGUGGGCUGCCAUGGGUAUGGCGAGACGUGCACCUAUAUCUUUGAAGACGUGGCAGUGAAGCUUGCACGCGCAGGCUAUGCGCUGGUGGGAGUGGACUACGAGGGCCAUGGGCUGUCAGCCGGUCGUCAUGGCUACAUCCGCAGCUUCCCGUGCCUUGUGGAUGACGUCAUUGAAGUCGCCCGCCGCGCUAAAGCAAACCCUAGGUUUGCACAUCUGCCAUUCUUUGUCUAUGGCGAGUCCAUGGGAGGUGCUGUGGCCAUUCAAGUCGCACGACGAGACGCCAGCCUUUGGAAUGGUGCAAUUGUGGUUGCACCUAUGUGUAAGGUAUCCAAAGAGCUCACCCUCCCUAGACCAAUGAUCUUCAUUUUCACCUGUCUCGCACACGUCUUUCCUACCUGGAAACUCCUGCCAGUCAGUGCCAACGCCGGCAAUUCCUUUAAGGUGGCUGAGAAGAGAGAGAGGGCCGACAGUCACCCCUUCGCAUAUCACGACCCGCCUCGACUGGGCACAGCAUUGCAGCUCUACAGGACCACUCUGGACAUCUGCGCACACAUGGAAGAGGUGACGGUGCCCCUACUGAUCCUGCAAGGAACAGAAGAUAGGGUAGUAGACAUAGCAGCCGUUCGCGACCUCUUCAUUCGAGCGCGCAGCACAGACAAGGAAAUGAAGGUGUAUGAGGGCAGCUGGCACGCCCUCACGUGUGGAGAACCUGAUGAUGUUGUUGCCAAGGUGGUCCACGACGUCUGUAACUGGUUACAUGCCAGGAGCUUGCCACCCAGUGCUGUGGUUCCUGUUGAUACGCUGGACGGUACUGUGCCGCCCGUUAAGGAGCAGACAAAUGGCAAGGUGAAGGCUUGGGAUGUGUGUGGCUAA